AUGUCUACGCUGCCUAUGCCUCCUCCAAAGAUUUUAUGCCGAGUGCAAGCCCUUUAUGCGUUUCAUUCUGAAGAGAGCACCUGUUUGAACUUUGAACAGGGAGAUCAGAUAGAAGUCUUAUCCAAGCUGGAAUCUGGAUGGUGGAAUGGCUGGUGCAACGGCCAGCGAGGAUGGUUCCCUAGCAAUUAUGUUCAGGUUAUUUCUGAAGAGAUAACCGUGUUUCCAAGACAUCCAGAGAAAUCACUCCCGCCACAUCCAGCAAACCAUAUGCAACAGGGAAGCAGAUUCUCGAUACACAGUUCAAGCAGCUCAGAAGUCAGUCGAAACAAUGCUAAUCUACCAGACGGCUGGACGAUAAAAAUGACAGAUGACGGCAAGUCGUGGCUCUAUUACAAUGAGUACACUGGACAAUCUACUACCCAGAAUCCUCAUCUUUUCAACUUUGAUGAUGCAGCAAUUGACACUAGUAGACGUAGCAGCGUAUAUUCGAACGACGAUCCACGGGAAUUUAAGAAUCUUCAGGAACCACCAGAAGAAUUGGAGCGGAAGCCAGCCCCACCGACAGUAAAAGAACUCAUGGAUAACUGGGUUGAGAGAAAAACACCUCAAGGCAGACCUUACUUUUGCAAUUUAAUCACUCAAGAGACAACUUGGGAUUACGACGAAAUUGACACUGAAACAGGACAUCUGAAAAAGACGCAAGAAGAAAAGCAGGCAUCUGAUGACGAUGUAGAAAGCGACGUCGAUAGCGACCUCAAUCAAUCAAAGCAUUCGUCGAUCCAUAAAGAGGAUUCACUCAUAGGAGAAGUAUUUACAUGGAACAAGCUUGCAACAGACAUUGCAUUUGCUAUCCGCCAGCUUACAUUAUCAACACAAAAAGGCGUUUACGCAGAUCUUCAGCCAAAGACUGCCAUUAUUGUAGAGGCUGUACGACUCAUGCUGUACGCUUCUAAUUCAUUAGAGAAGGAUUCUCUAUUAAUGCAAACCUCAAGCUUCCGAGAACCUAGAAGAGCUGUCAUGUCAUCACUAUCAAAGUUGGUAUUAUCUGCUAAAAUGGGAUCCGAAAUAUCAGAAUUCUCUUCAUCAGCUGUGUUCAUCUUCCAAAAGGUCCAGCGUGAUGCCAACGAUGUACUGGUGGCUGUGCGAAACUUUGUUACAAUUUGUCAGCAGCACAAUGUUACCGUGAAUCCCGUGAACCCUCGGCUCUUGGAUGAUAUCUCACAGCUGCCCUUUGAACCAUCGCUCUCUUCACCACAUCCUCUCAAAAUCACAUCAGCGACAUUAAGUAACAGUGCAAGCACCUCCAGCGACGGAAAGGCCAAAAGUGCAGAUCCUCCUACGCCUACGUCUCUAUUACAAAAGACAAAAUACCUGCUGAAUCAAGACUUGGUGUCCAAUUUGAAAGCAUAUUCUUUGCAAAUUUACGGCACAACAGAAGAAUUGACACAAAUUGCUUGUUCCAUUCUGGAAAAGCACGAUGAAGCGCAAAGUGGCAAGCAUUCUGACGAUAAGGAACGAUCUCUAGCUGUCUUUAUAUUCAGAACGCUCUCAAAUCAGAUCACUCAAUACAUUGGCAUUUUGGACAAUAUUCAAUUGGAUGAUUCGGAUGGAAACACAAUGCCUUCUAUUCACAGCUACUUAGCGAGUCGCCAGAACCUUUAUACAGCGAUAGGUCAUCUUUUUGGAGCCAUACAAACACUGACAAACACCCAUGUGGAUGUGGAAAAGGCAGUGGACACAAUCAGCCAAGCUAUAAUGAAUGUAGAGACCGCCAUUAAGGGUAUCCAACAAAAUGUCAUUGAGAUGGUUAAUGAGCGCAAGGUUGCCAUGGGGAUGAGCAGAGAUGAUUCAGUUGCUUCUAUCUUGUCCGUCAUGUCUCCAACAAGCUCAUCUUUUUCAGACAGAACUGCCGUUGAUUCAAUCGCUGAAUUAGGAAUGAGCACCAUAGGCGCUCGUCUCACUACGGAUGAAAUCAGCCACGAAUUCAAUCCAAAUGUUCGCCGCAUGACCGUAGCAGACAUUGCCUCACGCAGAAGACAACAGAGCAUACGAUCAGAUGACCGAACCACGGAAAUCGCCAUGAAUGAAAGUCUGAGCACUGAUCUCAACUCGAGUGAUAUUGAGUUCGGCGCUGAUAGCACUGUCAAAGGUGGAACACUUCCUGCUCUUGUGGAACGAUUGACAGUGCAUGAUACUUUAGACACAAACUUUAUUGCCACUUUUUUACUCACGUAUCGCUCUUUUUGUACCACUGAAGAAUUUAUCAGCCUGCUGGAGAGCCGUUACAACCUGCUCCCGCCUGAGCGACUAACUCCUGAGCAGCUUGAAUUAUGGACCGAGAGAAAACAAAAGCUGAUUCGUCUCAGAGUCUUCAAUGUGCUGAAGAACUGGCUCGAAAACUCGUACAUUGAUGAAGACGAGUACCUGCUGAGCCGCAUUGAACACUUUACAAACACCAGCAUUCGAGAUUCUUCAGCGUUCGCGGCAAACCAGUUACAAAAGCUUAUUCGCAGACGACUAGAGAGUGCACAUGGCGAGAUGAAGAAGAUUGUACAAAAUCCCAUUUCUGGACCAGACCCUAUAUACCCUAAAAAUGUAAUGAACAUCCAGCUGUUUGAUACAGACCCAUUGGAGAUGUCAAGGCAGUUGAGCAUCAUGGAUUUCAAGCUAUAUAGUAGCAUUCGUCCUAUUGAAUGCCUGGGAAAAGCCUGGUCUCGAGAUGGCGCAGAUGGAUCCAUUGCAAUGAACAUCAAGCAAUCUAUCCAGUAUUGCAACCGUCUCACAGCUUGGGUCACUGAGAGCAUUCUACUACACGAGGAGAGCAAGAAGCGAUCCGUUGUAGUCAAAUAUUGGGUCCAAGUAGCAGAUUACUGUCGUAGUAUAAACAAUUACAAUACAUGUAUGGCAGUUUUGUCCGCUUUUGACAAUAGCGCAGUGGGCAGAUUGAAGAAAACGUGGAUGAUGACAAACAAGAGCACUAUCCAAACACUAGCCCAAAUCCGAAAGUUGCUUGGUGCAAACCGCAAUUUUACAGAAUAUCGUGAGAUUAUCCACUCGGUCAACCCACCCUGUAUACCAUUUUUAGGUAUAUACCUGCAAGACUUGACCUUUAUCGAAGACGGUAAUCCAGACUAUCUUCACAAGUCGAGUAAUUUGAUCAAUUUUGCCAAGCGACAAAAGACGGCAGAGGUCAUUCGAGAGCUUAAGCAGUUUCAAAGCUUUGCAUACAACUUUCACACUAUACCCGAGUUCCAAGACUAUAUCAGAGGUCAGCUAGAUCAAGAUAGAGAUGUCGAUAGACUGUAUGAACGAAGCUUGAAGCUAGAGCCAAAGCAAGUAGACACCACUCCCAGCACACAAACAUAUUCAUCGUACACCUUCUGA